AUGCGGGCGUCAGCGCGCAGAAGGAGCUUCAUCUGGGGUUGUGGAGGUUCCACACUAAGGCAGUUUUUGCAUUAUUUCUCUCUCGGCGACUUAAAAGUGACAACAGAGGUUGGAAAACUUCUUGGUGAAGAAAAGGUGGAUGCGAUCCUGUGUGUAGCAGGAGGAUGGGCUGGAGGCAGCGCCAAAGCUAAGUCAUUAUACAAAAACUGUGAUCUGAUGUGGAAGCAGAGCGUUUGGACAUCCACUGUUUCCAGCCACCUAGCCACAAAACAUCUGAAAGAAGGUGGCCUUUUGACUUUGACAGGAGCUCAAGCUGCUUUGUCUGGAACCCCAGGGAUGAUUGGCUAUGGCAUGGCCAAAGGAGCGGUGCACCAGCUUUGUCAGAGUCUAGCUGGUGCCAAUAGUGGCUUGCCAUCUGGUUCUGCUGCUGUUGCCAUUCUACCGGUUACCUUAGAUACACCAGCAAACAGGAAAUCAAUGCCUGAUGCAGAUUUCAGCUCCUGGACACCCUUAGAAUUCAUUGCUGAAACCUUUUACAACUGGAUAACAGGAAUGAAUCGGCCAAACUCGGGGAGUCUAAUCCAGGUGAUAACUACAGGAGGGAAGACUGAACUAGUUGCAGCGCAUCUUUGAUGUCAGUCACUUAAGGCAGUGGAACUUCAGCAAAGGAGAAGCUAUGGAAAGUCUAUCUGCAGUAUGAUUUGGAUGGUCUUCUGUAUCCCGUGAUUGUGGCUAUGUCAUUAAUGGAACCAGGUUUCAAGUAAAAUUUCUGUGCUGUCAGUUGUGAGCGAUCAGCAUUUGUUUACCAACAAGUAUCGAGUAUUUGUCUCUAAAAGAAAGUGGCAGGCUUUGAAGUCCAUAAUGUCCUAAUUCUGAGCAUUGUAUGUCAGCUUACUGUUUUCU